CCUAUCACGAUAGUAAGGGGUGGGGUGUAUUGUGUGCUUGCCCCAUAGACAUGGCUCCACAUGUACGAACACCGGCGUUAUAACCUUGUUCAGCCUCUUCGUGUCAGAUAAACCUAAAACAGCAACAUGCAGGCUGCUAUGGAUAUCACGGCAAAGUAUUGCCAUAAGGAAAUGGAGGCAUAUGGGACGUGUGUGGCCUCCAACCCAUCAACAUGGCAGCAAAAGUGUCAUGAACUGAAGAUGAAGGUUGCACAGUGCACAUCAUCACACCCAGUGAUCCAGAAGAUCAGACAGGACUGUUCCAAGGAAUUUGUGGAGUUUGAGCGCUGUCUGAGAGAAAACCAGGACAAACCUACCUCCUGCUCACCACAUGUGGCUCGCUUUCUGGCCUGUGCAGAGUCAGUGGACAUUACUGGAGUGGCCCCAAGUCCGGUACCUCAGCCAUCAUAGCAUUCAGACACCUUCCAACAUCUUCAGAUUCCUCCAGUCUCCACAACAGCACCGAUGAGCUGGUUUCACAUGUUACUAUAUGUACAGUGACUGUUAGGAUAUUUGUUUUCCUCUGUGUGACUUAGUGUAACUAUUUGUCUUUCUUCAACAAAGAUAUUGGAAAGCAGCAGCACUGUGAGUUGAGCCUGGUUGUAUAAAAUAUUUAAUUACUGCAUCGCUCUUUUGCUCCUCAUGUAAAUCUUGUGUUUGUGUGAAAAUAACAUAAUUGUCUGUAUUGCAAGGAAGUCUGUUUUUUACCGAUUUGUAUUGAACCAACUCAUUAAAACUGACACCAGACUUGUAUUACUU